AUGUAUUUAUAUAUCGGUCCUUCAAUGGGUAAAUUUAACAGUGUUCCUCCCACUGCAACUGUUUAUCAGGGUGAACUGGCAGGAGGAGCAACUGAUAUUCGUUUGCAAGGAGGAGAAUUCUAUGAUUUUAAUUCACUUAAGAGUCGUAUAAUGGUUGCUGCAUCAGGUGGAUCCAGAGAACAUCAUUUGUCAACUUUAUCGCCUGCAGGAAGUUUGUUUUCUAUUGAAUCAAACACGUCAGAUCGUUACAAUAAUAACUUUCUUUUUACAUUAUAUGGAGCAAACCAAACACAUCCGGGAUUUUCUUCUGACAUUAGGGGAAUUUCUGGAACAUUCGGUAUUGCUGGAUACAUUGUUGAUCCAACUCAAGAUUGGGGUGCAAUUUCAGGAAACGGAUAUUAUGCAGGCUGUUCUUCUUCAAGUUAUGGAGGAUCUACAGGAGGAUCAUCAUUCAUUACAGUAAAUUAUCAUUUUUCAAUACAAAAAUGA